UAUAUAUAUAUAUAUAUAUAUAUAUAUAUACCGUUUUGACUGCCUUAUAUGAAACAACCUAAACUUCAUUAAUUUUCAGAUAAGCAACGGUUCAUCUGUAAUGAUUGUGGAGUUUUAUCCGCUCCAGGCUCAAGACUUAGACGUUCCCGCAUCUUUUGGCAACGUAACGUUCGAUAGAUCGACUAUAUUGAAAGGAGUCUAUUCAGACGACCUCUGUAGGACGAAUCCUUGUCAUAGAGGAGAAUGUAAAAUAACUUGGAACGAUUAUAUGUGUGUUUGUCCGAUUGGUUUCAAAGGUAAAGAUUGCAAUGAAUUAGAAUUCUGCAAAUUGCAAGGUUGUCCAGCCGGAUCCGAAUGCAAGAAUCUAGAAGAUGGUUACGAAUGUAUAACGAAUAGUACUUUCAACGGUCUACAGAAACCUCUUCAAUAUCAUUUAACGAUAGAUCCUUCAGCCGACAACAAUUUCGUGUAUGAUUCUCUAGAACUGAACUAUCGUACUCGUUCAUGGGGUACCGUUCUGUUCGCAAAACAUAAAGAUAGUUAUUUUACCGUUUUCAUUUACCACAACGAGGUAGUGAUAGAAUGGAACUUGAACGGAAUGCCAGAAACGAAAAGGUUCCGUAAAGAUAGGUUCAAGGGCCAAUGGAUAUCCUUGCUGUUCCUUUACAAAAACCAAAAAUUCAGAGGUGGUUUUAAAGAGCAUGUUAUGGACGAAUCGUCCGAUUUCGAAGUGAAGGAGUUCGACAUUUAUACUUUUACAGAAGUAUUCAAAGACGGAGAUGUAUACGUCGGUGGUAGUGAUGGUCAAACUUUUGAUUAUCAGACUGUGAUCGACAAUACAGAUACAAAUAUGACUGGGUACAUUCCUGUUAGUGAUACUACUACAGCCGAAUCUCUCAUUAGUAAUUCGUUAGAAAGCAACGAGCUAUCAGAAGACGUAUUGCUAUAUAAAGUGGACCAAGAUAAGAAGACUGAUAAUUUUAAGGGCUGCUUAGGCGAAUUAAGAAUAGGAGGGUUACUUCUUCCCUAUUUUCACACUUUAGAAAUCUACCCGAACAAGACCAACCUUAAAAAAAUGUACGAACUGAAAGACGAAUUUACAGCCGAACAAGGAUGCAUUUUGUGUUAUUCGGUGGACUGUCUGAAUAAAGGCGUUUGUCUAAAUAGUACUGAAACAUACAAAUGCCAUUGCCAACCAGGAUAUACAGGCGACGAUUGUUCCAUCGAUAUCGACGAGUGCCAGAACAACCAAUGCCAAAAUAACGCUACAUGCGUCGAUCUAAUCAACGAAUACAAAUGUGAGUGUUUAGCUGGGUACGAAGGAGAAUAUUGUGAAACCGACAUCGACGAAUGUCUCAGCAAUCCAUGCAGACACGGAGGCACUUGUAAUGAUUUAAUUGGAACGUUCAAAUGUGAUUGUCCCGAAGGUUUUGUUGGUAAACAAUGCGAAGCUCCUUUACUGAUCACCUGCGAGAACAAACCAUGCAAGGAGCCUGCUAGCUGUGAAACAGGAGCAAAUGAGGUCACUGGUAACAAUUUUACCUGUAUUUGCACUGAAGGUAUGGAAGGACCAUUAUGCGAUACACCGUUCUGUAUGAACACUCACUGUGAUCAAGGAUUUUGUAACGACAGCUUAUUGGUACCGUUCUGUGAGUGCCCAAGAGGAUUCGAAGGAAAGUUCUGUGAAAUCAACAUUAACGAAUGUAUCUUACCGAAUGGAGGCAGUCCCUGUCAGAAUCGUGGUGUCUGUAUUGACGGAAUUAAUCGAUAUAUUUGUAACUGUGAAAAUACAGGUUACACAGGUCUGUUAUGUGAAAUAGACAUCAAUGAAUGCCAGACCGAUAUGAUUUGUGGUCGAGCUGGCAUUUGCGAAAACACUCCCGGGUCUUACAGGUGUGUUUGUAAAGAAAAAGGGAAGUGCGGUCAUCAAUGCGAUUUGGACGACCCUUGCGAGACUAUAAAACCAUGUCAGAAUGGAAUUUGCCAGCCCCAGUGUACAGAUAAACCUGAUUAUUUUUGCGCAUGUCCCGAUAAUUACGAAGGAAAGAAUUGUACCAAAUUAAAGGUCGCGGCAAGUCAAGCAGAAGGUGGAAUAAAUAUACUGUACAUAGUCCUUCCCAUCGGCGCAGCCAUUCUCAUAGGAGCAGCUGCUGUCCUUGCGGUAUUCUUCAACGUAGCUCGCAGCAAAAGGGCCACCAGAGGUACAUACAGCCCGAGUGCUCAAGAAUUUUGCAAUCCACGAGUUGAACUAGAUCAUGUGUUGAAACCGCCGCCCGAAGAAAGACUUAUUUAAAUUAUUUCAAUUGUUCAAAUGUUCGUAUAAAUUGAUUUUAAUACAUAUACGAGGUGUGUUCUGUAAACCACAAUUUCUUUGUUUUUUGAAAUACUCUAAUUUGUAUAAAGUUCUUCGGCGUUUUAAACCAUUACUACAUAGAUUUUUUAUCUUUGAAAACAGAACAUCCCUCGUAUAAGCGUGAUUGAUUUUAACCGUAAAUAGUGAUGAAAGACGAUAUUGUUUAAAAAGGCUGUAAAUUUUUUUCUUCAAUACUUUUCGUGUCUUGUACAAGUGAGGAAAAUGUACUGAACGUAUGCAUUAUUUCAGUAGCAAAAGAGCGUAAGAGUAAUUAUUACAUUUGUAAUAUGCCCGAUCUUCAGAAUAUGGUGUUUGUGUUGUCAAAUUGUUGUUGUACAUAGCAAUUGUUAUGUAUUUUUUUUGAAUUCAUCGCGAAACAAUAUAAAAAUGUAAUAAAAAUUGGUAAAGGUUACAUUUAGGAAUAGUAAGCGUAAAAGGAAGAAUUAAUGACAAUGCUAAUUGAAUGUAUAUUGACCAUGGUACAGAAACUCUAAAAACAAAAUAUUUUUACCCUAUUAAUAAUUACUGAAAUAACCCAAGCGUUACAUAUAUUUGCCUCACAUUGUAUUUUAGUCAGGUUUAAAUGAUGGGUAGAAGUAAAAAUGGUAGUACACCUUCUUUUAUCGAAUUUGAGUUAAGAUGAUAUUAGCUACAACCGUUUUUUCUACCUCGUUAAGUUAUGUCUUUAAGUUUGUUUGUUUAUUUGUUUUUCUUUUCGUCAGUCACUUAUUAAAUGAAAUGUCGGAAGCAUGGUACGACAUGUUCCACUUAAUCUUUUAUCACUAUUUAUGUUGAUUUGAGUGCAUCGAAUGAUAUUUGGCAACUUGCAUCCUCCAUUUUUAGUCUGAACCAUCGAAAUGGCGUUUGCCGAAUCGGGCUUUGACUAAUCGAGGGUGGUUUGACUUUAAUCUACCUAUUAUAUCUAAUUUAAUCUUUAAUCUGAUCAAGAAAACCUACGACUACUUUUAUCAUUUAGUUUUCAAAACUGUUUUCUUUUCGUUUAAUAAAACGCUUUUCCAACCUUGUAACAGAUUCCAGUCUCAAAAUCUUACCGAAGUUUCGAGGAUAGGCUUACCGUUUGGUUCAAAACUUAGUCUUUGGAACGUUUUUUAUAGUCUUCUUCUUCUAGUACAGUAGUAGUUGACUGCAACUUGCUUCAAUUUCACACGGUCCUCCAUGAUAGUUGGGUUGGUAGUUAGUCCCAAUGUGGGGCCCAGAAUAACUUGGCAAGACGGUUAUUAGGGACAUAUGGACAUUGCCAUGACAUCUUCUUCCUCCUCUUAAGUGUCUUCUCUGUUGAGGUUGACAAUCAAUAUGGCAAAUUUCUCUCUGUUCUGUGCUUGAUGAAUUAAUUCAUUUCCUCUUGUGUGGGUCCAAUCUCUGAUGUUUCGUAGCCAAGAUUUUUUCUUUCGUCCGAUGCUCCUUUUACCUUCAAUCUUGCCUUUUAAUAUUACUUGGAGCUGCUCAAAUUCCCUAUGGCGCAUGAUGUGUCCUAGAUAUGACGUCUUUCUAAUUUUGAUUAACACAUUUGAUUUGCAAUUAACACAGCGAUGCUCUCUGUCUUGAGCUGUUCCAAACAGUUGUUCGACUCUCCGUACCUCGGUCCAUUUUCUGACAUUCUUCAACCACGCCCAUCUUAGGCGUUGGAUUUUAAUUUCUUGGACGAUAUAGCUAGCGUUAAAUGCCUGUUUGACUUCGGCAUUUGUUCUUAUUCUAUAUUGCUUAGUCAUCGGAUCGUGAUAGUGUCCGACAAGUCUGGAACAGGAAUUAGUCACACAGUACUAACUCUAGCGAAUUAGGUGGACCGAUUCGUAUCCUAGUUGGUGCAGUUUAGAGAAGAAACAACAGUAUUAUGAACGAGAGCGUUGUCUUAAUGAACAGGGCGUUUUAUUUUCAUUAUCUUACUGCCGAGACGGAUCAUCAGAGCCUGUACCCUUUUUUUAAUGAUCAAUGUGAAUAAUAAGCAGUUUCAUCUUGUUUUGACUGUUUUUUGUUUUGUGUAUGAAAUGAGUCCUUGUUUCCCAGUUUGGAGAAAUGUUGAUUUGAUGAAAUCUAGAGAUUGCGAUUUAUUAUUACUAAAAGAUUCUCCGAAUGCGUCAAACGUGCCUGUUUUGGUCGUUACGAUAGCUCCUAAACAAGCCGUCAAGUGCAACUAACGCGCAUUCAACCUUGAAAGAUAAAGUGAAAUAGAAAGGGUAGGAGGGAGUCGCACUCGUCUCUGUAUCUGAGAAUCGGAAUCUGUUCUUAUCUAAUUUUUGUUUUCGCUCUCAAAAACACAAAGGUGUCAAACCAACAGUAAUUCGUUCUCACACAAUGCUAUCCUUCGUAGGCUAGAUUAAUAUCAAACCAUCCUUUAUUCUCGACGAAGCUCCAACCGUUUGUAUAUUACUACAAACACAAAACAAAAACAAAUAAAAACGCUGAUUUAUUUAGUACAAUGUAACUGCUUCUAUAAAAUAUUUUUAUAUUAUUUUUUAUUGUUAUAAGAUUUUAUUUAUUAGUUUCAUCUUUACUUUCUAGUUCAAUUUU